CUCUCCCACCACCCAGGAUCAGCGAGCUACGAGCCCACGAGUUUCGGUGCCCAUUUGGACUUUCACAAUCAGAGAUGGCAGCAAAGGAGGCGUCAUCGGAAACUACCACACCUUGGUCUUACCACCCGGUAUAUGCAAGAUACUGGCAACAUUAUUACCAAGCAAUGGCUUGGAUGCGAAGCCACCAGAAUGCCUAUCGGAAGGCCGUGGAGUCUUAUUUCGGUUCCCCUUGGUACUUCGCUCCCGGAGGUGUUCCCCAGAGCUCUCACGCUAAGAAGGGCGUGUCCCCUCAGUCCUGCGGUGAUCACUUGGCCCCCCAGGACUCCCACUGUGGUUAUUCACUUUCUCCACGGUCUGGGCAGCAUCCCCAGGGCAGGACAAGAGAAGACCAAGCUUGGGCCGCAGAGGAGGAGGUGGAGACCGACUCAGAUGAGGAGGUGGAAUAUGACCUGAGCAACAUGGAGAUCACGGAGGAGCUCCGCCAGUACUUUGCGGAGACCGAGAGGCACAGGGAAGAGCGACGUAAGUGCAGAGCUGCCUUCACAUGCUUCCUUUCCUUGCCCUGCAUUCUGCAGUUUUAUCUUCCCUAAUCCAUAGAGUUAUUUCCUAACUCCUUGAAUGGAUACGGAUACUAUUCCAGAUCCAGUCCCAGGCCUGGAAAAGCCAUGGUGAUAUUGCACCUCAAUUACUGUAUAUUAGUUUCCAGAGCUGUUUUAAUAUAG